AUGUCAUCUGAACAUCAACACCCCCAAGCCGGGGAGGAAAGCACUUGGGGCGGGGAAUUUGACCCUUUUGCGGACCCCGAAGAGCGUAGGGUGCUCUUUGCUGCAUUAGAUUCCUUCAGACAAUAUCGACGGAAUGCUCAUAUGAAUACCACUCAUCGUCGGCGGCAAGCUUUCUACGCUUUGCCCUCGGCGCACUGGCAGAUGCUCUCGGAACCCCCAUUCUCCAUCCUUGAUAACUUCAAUAAAGUGGACGAUGCUAUUGAUGUCAACGCCGAUAUUGCCGAUGCAAUCCUUGCGAUAGGUCUGGAGUCAUUUGGCCUUCCUGCAGACCCGGACCAAAGCGACCCGACUCAAAAUUGGCAUGACAUAGCAACUUCAUCAGACGUCAACAAGGCGCACUCAACGAUACGCCAGUUCUAUAGAGAUUGGAGUCUCGAAGGGCGACCUGAGAGAGAAGUCUGCUAUGACCCCGUUCUCCAGGAUCUUCACAAUGAGUUCCAAACACGGCGCGACAGCGGCGAGGAAAUCCGCGUUCUGGUCCCCGGCGCGGGCCUAGGUCGUCUAGUCUUCGAUAUCUGCAUGGCAGGCUAUGACGCCGAGGGAAAUGAGAUUUCCUACCAUCAGCUGCUUGCCAGUAGCUGGGUUCUGAACCACACGGAGGGACCGUCCAAGCAUGCACUUCAUCCUUUUGCAUUGCAUUUCUCCAACCUCCAAUCUCGUGCUCAGCAACUACGGCAAGUCAUGAUCCCUGACGUACACCCCGGAUUUGCCAUGCAGGAGGCUGCCAAUGAUGGGCGUCGCUUGGGCUCCAUGUCCAUGUCCGCCGCGGACUUCACCGUAUUAUAUACUCAGCCGAAUAACCAAGAGGCAUUUGAUGCAGUGACUACUGUAUUCUUCAUCGACACCGCACCAAACCUGAUUCGAUACAUUGAGGCGAUUCGGCACAGCCUCAAACCUAAUGGGCUCUGGAUCAACAUUGGUCCUCUAUUGUGGCACUUUGAUGACGGUCACUCCCGCAGAGCAAGCGAUGUCGGACACGAGGGGGCUGGGAUUGGCGAGCCCGGAAAUGUAGAACUAUCCGAGGACGAAGUGCUGAGCCUUGUGGAGCGCAUGGGCUUCUGCCUCGAGAAACGUGGGGAUCGGCGGGCUUGCGGCUAUAUUCAGGAUCCCAACAGCAUGCUUCAGAAUACGUACCGGCCCUCUCACUGGGUGAUGCGAAAAAUGGCCGGGGCUUGA